CCGUGGCAUAUCCGCACCUACGGUAGCCAGGAAGGACCAGCCCGGACCGUGUGUCCCAUGUGCCUUCACGGUUUGUUGUCGUCCGGAGAGCUGCCGGUAGCGGCUUUUUUUUAUGUUGUUGUUGUUGCUCCUCUCUGUAUUUUCUUGUGAACCUGCUCGUACAAUUAGCUUAACAUGAACUCAAAGACAAACGGAAGAGAAGACGGGGAUUGUCUGUCUCUUGAACAGUUUUUGGACAAGUUCUAUGACAUUGGUGAUGGACCGGCAUCGGAAAAGAAGCUCAAGUCUCAGAAGAGGAAAAAACGAAAACAAUGUGAGGAGGAGGAGGAAGAUUUCACUACAGUCAAGGAUGUUCGCAGUGACAGGGAAGACCACAGAGCAGCAUAUGCUGAUACUGGACACCAGCAGCAGCAGCAACAACCAAAGAGCAGGCAAACAGGUCCAACCGUACGGCAGAUGAACCAGGUGGAGGUAGUGACAUUUCAAGACCCCAGAAAGAAACCGAGGACCAAGCAGACACCAGCCGCAGACAAAAUACCUGCCCUUCAGGUGACGGAGGAGAAGCAAAGCAACCAGCUAGAAGAAAUCAAUUUCGAAAAGGCUCGUCUGGAGGUCCAUCGGUUUGGAAUCACGGGCUAUAAGAAGGAGCAGCAGCGGGUUUUUGAGCAGGACAGAGCCAUCAUGCUGGGAGCCGCACCUCCUAAGAAGGACUAUGUGAACUACAAGGUGCUGCAGCAGCAGAUCAAAGAAAAGAAGCAGAAAGCAAAGGAGGAGGUUCAGCCGGACCUGAAGAAAAAGAAGAAGCAGAAUAAUCAAAGGGACAAGAAAAAGGCGUCCUCCGGUUCUGGGUCUGCCCUCUCAGGUCAGGUGGGGCGCUUCAAGAACGGCAUGCUGAUCCUGAGCUCCAAGGAGAUCCAGAAAAUCAAAGGCAACAAGGGAGGCAGAUAGCUGAGUGAUUAAAACUUCCAUGACGGGAAAAAUAUCAGCAGACCGGAGGAAGAAUUGGCAACUCACUGCCGGACUGUUUGCAGCCAAGCGUGUUAUGAGGAGGAAAUGGAUGCGAGCCGAUUACGAUGUGACCUGUAAGGCUGAUUUCCUGACAACAUGUCACCGGCCUGCAGUGAAAUAUGGGAUAGCGUUGCUGGUGACAGACUGCUGAGUCACAAAUCCAAUUUAUAAAUCUCCAAAGUGGACCCCUGACCGUCCACCGUGGCAGCACAUUAAUGCAUGAAACUUGAGACUCCGUUGAAUCAUAUUCCAUCACAACUCAUUUAUUUUGUUUUUAUAAAUGACCAAAAAAAAGAGAA